GUUCUCAGCCUUUUACUUUGGCAAAAAGUCAUGGAAAUUCGGAAAGUGAAGGAGUAUUUAAGCGUCGGAGGAUUAGAAUUGAUCGUAGUUUAUCCAAGAUUGGGAAAACAGAUCAAUAGAUCAGUACCUAACAGUUCUGUGGAUUAAAGAAGGAUAAAUAUCUGAAGAUGAAGAACUUAACGCUCAUUGCACUUGCGUUAGUAGUUUUGGCUGUGUGUGUACAUGCGGCACCUGGAGGUGGCAAAGGUGACGGAGGAAAAGGCAAAGGAGGUGGCAAAGCUGGCGGGGGCGGUGGUGGAGGUGGCAGCAGCUCCGGCAGUGACAGCAACAGCAGUGAGAGCAAUGAAGACAGCGGCAGUGGCGGCAAGGGCAAGGGAGAUGGCGGCAAGGGCAAAGGAGAUGGCGGCAAGGGCAAAAGUGAUGGCGGCAAGGGGAAAGAUGAUGGCAAAGGAGAUGACAAAGGAUAUGGCAAAGGGUACGGAUGGGGGCGAUAAAUCAAAUUGAUUUGAAAAGUAGUGUAAGAAGAAAUUGUGAUACAUAUGAAAUGGCAUAGAUAGAAGUGAAAUAAUUUUCGCACAAUAUUGUUAUGAUGAUUAGCAUUGUUUGUUUGUAAACUUUGUUCUAAUAAAUUAAUAGUUAUUUAUUUGUGAACUUA